CCCAAACGCCCAACACCUUCGAUCAUCUUCUUCCGACGUCUCUUCUCAUUUCUCCUCUGCCUUGCUUCUUCCGUCACCUUAAAUCUGCUACUGCCAGUGGAGUGAGGGGAACCAGCUGAAUUAUAUAUGGAGGGAACUUGUUUGAUUCAAGAACCCCAAAAGAAGAAGAAAUUGAACGAAGAAGAGGACAUUAAUGAGAAGAGCAAAUGCUUAGGUGACUUACCUGAGGAGGUUCUUCGACACAUCCUGUCAUUUCUUCCAACAAAAGACGCCGUUAGGACAAGCGUACUUUCUAAAAGCUGGGAAUACAGAUGGGCAUCUAUUCCCAAUCUAGAUUUUUGUCGAGAACUUUUGAAGCUGUCGUCGCCUGCUAAGAGAAGGCUUUUGAUGAAUUUUGUGGAAAGGGUGCUCUGUCUUCGUGGCUCCUAUGCUAUAAAACGAUUUAAUCUCUCUUGUGAUGUGCUACGUGAUGCAUCUCGUGUUAAUACCUGGAUCUCUGCCGCUGUGAGGCAUAAUGUUCAAGAGUUGGAUAUUAGUCUUGACAAUUUCAAGGGAGAAUUUUUUCUCCCUUACUGCUUGUUUACCUGUAAGACACUGACAAGCUUACACCUUUAUAUGCCCAUUAUUCUGAAGCUUCCCACUGCAAUUUGUUUCUCAAAUCUAAAGACCUUGACAAUCGAAAGUGUUACAUUUUCGGAUGAGUACUUAAUCGAACAAUUAUUUUAUGGUAUGCCAGUCCUUGAGAAAUUGUGUUUACACGAUUGCAGCUGGGGGAGUCUCAAGGUUGUGCAUCUUUCUGUUCCCAAGCUUCAUUCUCUGAGAAUUUCGGAAUUUGAGAGGCCAAAUUCGAGUUAUGGGGAUGGUUGUCAGAUUAUGAUUUUUGCAUUUGGUCUAAAAGAAUUUAAUUACACUGGUGAACUGUUCAGCGACUAUUGCUUAUACAAGUCAUUCUCACUGGAAAAGGCAGAGAUUAGUAUGAUUUCUUAUGAUACAUCAGCUCAAAUUGCUCAUCGCGUGUGUAAACUUCUUACAGGGCUCUCCAACGUUAAAUUACUAUUACUUUCCGAUGAGGUGGUUGAGGCUUUGAGAAAUGCAGGAGAACGCUUAUCUCAUCUACCUAUGUUCAAUAACUUGACGGAUUUAGUAUUUUUUGAGGAUUGGGCAAUAGAUCUUGGCUGUGUAGGACUGUUGAGGAUAUUACAGAACUCUCCUUGUCUCAAAACUAUGAAGUUUUUUGAGGGGAUCAGGUUGUGGGAGAACGAUGAUUGGAUGUUAGACCCAUUGCCUCCAUGCUUCUUGUCCCAUCUCAAGUGGAUUGAAGUAUGUGAUUUUGAUGGAGAAAGUGAGGAACUUUCUGCUAUUAAGAUUUUGCUCAAGAAUGCUAUUGUUUUGGAUGAAAUAGUUAUAUUUUGCUCUGAGCGCUUGGCAGGGAACUUAGAGAAGCAAGAAAAUCUCUACAAACAGUUGAUAGAGAUCCCUAAAGGGUCACAAAAUUGUAAAAUUGUUUUACAAUGA